ACAUCCGUUUAUCCUUUUCAGGUUACUGCUCACAAGAGGUCUACCUAAGAUUACAUCGUUAAUAGAAGUUUCUUCUCACCUAUAUGGUUUGAGAAGGCUAGUUGUAUGAUGACUGCAUUUCUGUGACUGUGGAGUAUUUAUGAAAUGAAUUAGUUUUAAAAAAAAGGGCUUUGUAUGCAUACAGUACUGAAUAGCAGCAUAAAGUAAGGGUUUCUAGUGUCAGAUUUUUUUUAGUAAGGAACCAAGUACAGUACAGCACACAAAGUAAAUGUUUUUUGUGAGACAAUGAGUUACUGAGAUGUCUUGUAAAUUGUGCUGUGUUAAUCUCCAUGAAUAAGGUAAAAUGAAUGUAGGUUGUUUAUAUUUGAAUACGUGAAUAAUCUAUAUAUUGUAAUUUAUAUUAGAUUAGUUGAAGGAUCUGCCAUUUGUGCUUUGACAUAUGGCUGAAAUGGAUGCAAAAUUUUACCAGUGCAGUAAAUGUGGUGCUGUUUUUGACGGUCUAAUAACUCUCCUUAAACAUAAAGAUAAGCACUCAGAUAUGACCUUUUAUGUUUCAAAAUUAUACAGAAAGUAUUUAAAAUAUAGCAGGAAUGAAGUGAAAAGAAAGACUCAUUUGGAGCAUGACUUUCAGAAAAUUACUUUUCCAUGUGUUAGCUGUGAUAAAAAGUUUGUUAAUGAAAGAAUAUAUGAAACACACUUAACUCUCCACACAGUCAAAUCUAGCAGAAGUAAGGAAUUUAACUGUAAAUUAUGCAAGCGGAAGUUUUUGUCUCUGGCUGCUCAGAAAAUCCAUCACUUUAGAUGUCACCAAAAUGAAGGACUCUUAACACACACAUUGCAAGACAAAGCGUUUUUUAAUAAGAGGUCCCGAAAACAGUACACUUCAAAAAAAUUUGAAAAGCACUACAAGUGUUCUGAGUGUGGUAAGGAGUUUAAACUAAGAGCACAGCUUAGAAGACACAAUAAAUGUCACCAGAAGAGGAGCGAUUGUCAUAUUUGUGGAGCAAAAUUUUCAUCUGAAUCUCGACGGAAAAGGCAUGUGCUCACUCAUUCAGAUGUCAAACCUAACCAGUGUGCUGAUUGUGGCAAGUCAUUUUUGUUCAAACAGUCCCUGCUAGUCCACAUGAGAGUUCACACAGGAGAAAAACCUUACACAUGUGAAAUAUGUAAACGAUCUUACACAAUGAAAACCAGUUUGAACAAGCAUAUGAGAGCUCACCAGGAGAAUUAUGUGAACCUCUGCUCUAUUUGUGGCAAGACACUAACAACACCUUUUAGUCUUAAACUUCAUAUGAGAACCCAUACUGGCGAGAAACCAUUUUCUUGUUCUGCUUGUGGCAAGAAGUUUGCAAGUAAGGGUUAUUUGGCUGUACACCUCAGGAUCCAUUCAGGUCAGCGGCCUUACUCUUGUAGAAAGUGCAUGAGGACAUUCAAGCAAAUAGGGCAUCUAAAAGCCCAUCUGUUGACACACGUGAAGUCCAAGGGUCAUAAAUGUUCUGAGUGCAAUAAGGAAUUUACAUUGAAAAUUGGUUUGAUGCACCAUGUACGGAAGUACCACAGAAAAGAAGAUCGGAUAUGUUCAGAUUCACUUUCCUGUCCACAGUGUACUGUGGAUUUUAUCUUGAAAGAUGAUUUACUUACACACCUGCUGGAAGAUCAUGAAAUGAAUGAAGUGGAUGCAACCUCAGCUCUAAACUCAUUAAUUGGUAAGGAAUCCACUGUAGAAAAUAAACCACAAAAGCAAGCUCAAAAUUAUCGAUGUGAAGAAUGCGGCAAAUCAUUCUUAAUGAAAGGACACUUGAAAAAACAUUCCUUGAUACACCAGAGGGAAUUCAAAUGCAACUUAUGUGAGCGAUCAUUUGAGGUGGAGAGCAGUCUAGUAAAACAUAUGAGCAUCCAUUCAAAGAGAGUCCAUGCUUGUCAUCUCUGCUGCUGUAGUUUUUCUGCCAGCAGCACACUCAAAACUCAUAUGCUAACCCACACUGGAGAACAGCCAUUUUCAUGCAGUAUUUGUGGAAAAAAGUUCAGUCUGAAGAGUAACCUUACUGUACAUAUGAGAAUUCACACAAAGGAAAGGCCUUUCAAGUGCCAGGAAUGCCAUCAGACUUUCACCCAGAAGAGCAGCUUGAAGUACCACAUGAGAAGACACAGUCAAGACUUUAUGUCGAGGUCUCUAAACAAACAGUUUAAAUGUAACAAAUGUGAAAGUGAAUUCACAAACCAAGAGACAUUUGAUGAUCAUGAGAUGCUUCAUAGAUUUGAAAAUACCAAGAAAUGCAGUGAGUGUGAAAGUGAAUUUGCUGAUCAAGAAGCAUUGGAUGACCACAUGAUGUUACAUAAAAUGGAGAAUUCCAAGAGUAGCACAGCACUCGUCCCCUCAGAAGGUUUGGCUCUCCGCUUGUUGACGAACAGUGAGGAAAAACCUGUUAGCUUAGUAAAAGCAGAAGACUCAUCACAGUGUAUGCAAGAGAUUAUUGUUAGUGCCAGUCUUAAGCCUGAAGUUUUGUACUUAAAAGACAGUACGUAUCUAGUCCCAGAUCUCGAAGGCAUAUCACACGAAUCUGAUGUUGUGAUGCUGGAAUGUGGUGAUGAGCUUUCAGACGAAGUUUUGGAACAGAUUACAUCUCAUUCAGAUGAUGGUAUUGAUUUACAUGCAGGAAUAGAGGAUGUACCCAUAGAGCAAGAAGAUGAACAAGACCCUACCAAGAAAAUAUUUUUAAUCGAACCUGACAUUAAUACCAAGAAAAUAUUUUUAAUCGAAUCUGACAUUAAAGAUGAGCCAGCUGACAACACUUACUGUGAAAUUUACUUUUACCAGAAUGAUCCUCUUCGAACUUGUGUCGUCAUGCACAGAAUCACAAAGCCUCACAAGUGUAAUCUCUGUGGUGAAUGCUUCCAUAAGAAGAGUGAUCUUAACAAUCACAUUCUUACACACACAAAUAUCCAUCAGUAUGAACUGAGAGAUGUUUUGAAGGUGGAUGGCGAUGAGUUUUCAAGCAUAUCCUCUCAACAGAUUUACUCAGAAGUAGAUCAUUUAACUAUUUUGAAUGAAGAACUUCCUGACCACAGAGAAUGCUCAUUCUUGGAAAAUGGCAGUCUUACUAACAUUGUAAAAGUGGAAGAAAUUGACAAGCCCCACAAAUGUAAUACUUGUGGAAAGAGUUUCAGUGUCAAGUGUAAUUUGAAAAACCACUUGACUAUUCACAGUGGUCAAAAAGCAUUUCAGUGUGAGGUUUGCAACAAAAGAUUUGCUCUUCAGUCAUAUUUGAAGGAACACAUGGUAACCCAUACCAAAGAGAAACCAUAUAGUUGUAAAAUUUGUAAGAAACGUUUUACUCAGAAGAGUAGUCUUAAUUAUCACUACAAGAGCCACACAGACAAAAAGCCUUUUAGCUGCACUUGGUGUGGCAAAGCUUUUAUUCAGGAAAAUGCCCUGAAUAAGCAUGUCCUCAUUCAUACAGGUAAAAGUGCAUUUGAUUGCACAGCUUGUGGUGAAACAUUCUCAAAGAGAAAACUCCUUGAAACACACAUGAAAGUGCACGACGUUAGCCAAAAUUCUUCUCUGGGUGAAGAGGCAAUUAUUGUCGUCAAUGCCGACCCUUUUAGAUGUUCCAUAUGUGAUGAAAACUUUUCCUGCAAUCAAGAUCUGGAGGCACAUUUAGUGGAACAUUGUGUAGAUAUGUCUCAGAACAAGAAAAUGGUAGCAGCACCAGAUUUGGAGAAGGAAGAUGCUGAAAAUGAUAAUGCUACAGAGACAUCUGAAGUACAGAAGCGUCACAAGUGUUCUGUAUGUGACAAGACUUUCCAGAAAAAUGCUCACCUGAAGAUGCACAUGAGACUUCAUACAGGAGAAAAACCAUACAGCUGUGAGACUUGUGGGCGCUCAUUUAGAACCACCAAAAAUCUGAAGAUGCAUGUGUUAGUCCACUCUGGAGUGAAGCCUUAUCAAUGCGAUAUUUGUGGGAAGAGAUUUACCCAAAAUGUGCACAGGAGAAAUCACCUGAGAACACAUUCGGAGGUUAAACCUUACACUUGCAUACUGUGUGGGAAGGGAUACACUGUAAGUAAUAGCUUAAAGUUACACAUGAAGACCCAUACAGGUGAUAAACCUUUUGAGUGUAAUAUUUGCAGAAGAAGAUUUUCUCAGAAGGGGCUCUUGAAGUCCCACAUGAUUUCUCAUACUGGCAAUAAACCUUUUAGUUGCCUCAAAUGUGAAAAGAAAUUUGCUUGUGUCAGUGCCUUGCAGAAACAUCUGAUGUCACACUUGGAUCUGAAGCCAUAUCAGUGCACCUUUUGUGAACAAGAUUUUUCCCAGAAGAGUAAUCUUGUUGCUCACAUACAAGAUCAUGUGAUGGAUGAAGAGUGCCCUGAAUGUUAUUUGUGUGGGAAAAUAGUGGUACAUGAUGAAUUAGAGACUCACACUUUGUCCCAUGUCCAAGAUGGGUAUCGAGGAUGGCGAUUUCAUUCUGAGAAAGUAGAAGAUGAAAAGAAUUCAUCAUUCAUGUGCUGUAUAUUUUGCGACAAGACAUUUUCCAGAAAACUGGAAUUGAAGAGGCACUUACUAAUUCAUACUGGAGUAAGGCCAUAUGAGUGUUUGUUAUGUGGACUGACUUUUUCAGAUGAAAACCAGUUAACAAAUCAUGAAUCAAUACAUAAUAAUGAAGGAAAAGAGGUGAGGGACCUAGAUUUUCAAUGUACUGUUUGCCAAAAAACAUUUAAACAGAAAAGCAACUAUGAAUCUCAUGUUGCCACUCACUCCAAAAUCAAACCUUUUGAGUGUGUGACAUGUGGUAAGGCUUUUAAAACAAAGGAUGCUCUCAAGGGCCACACAAUGAUUCACACCAACGAACGACCCCACAAAUGCAAAUUAUGUGGCAAACAAUUCCGAACAAACAGUAGCCUCACCGUCCAUCUUCUGAGUCAUAGUGAUAGGAGACCUCAUGUGUGCAAUAUUUGUCAGAAAGGCUUCAAGGUUAAGAGCCAUCUUCAGAACCACUUGAAAGUACAUAGCAAAAAGUUGGAUGAACCUAGUUCACUGAAGCAAUCCAAAUUGGAAAUGGCAGAACAUAUUGAGCAGGAAGAGGAAGAAAUGACAUUGGCCAGGAAGAGACACUACAGCUGUAGAGUCUGCCAGCAGGAAUUUUCCAGUAAAGACAAACUCACGAACCAUCUACUUUCGCAUGAGGAGGAGAAACCAUACAACUGUAUUCACUGCUUAAAAACAUUUUCCAGAAAGGCCACAUUAGAUAAGCACAUGAUGACACAUGAAGAAGACUCUAAAGAUACUUGCCAUAUCAGCAAUCAAAAGAUAGCUAGUACUAGGAUACCUAAGGAACGAAGGAGUAAUUCCAGAGCAUCAAGGAAGAGGAAAGGCUCUUGACAGGGUAAUGUCAGAGUUUGUUUUACAGUAUGUUAAAAAGAUUAAGAUGUGAUAUUUUUCCCACCAGUUUUUAAUCAUUGACAUGUAAAAUUUAAUCAUGGUUAUCUGCUCUGUAAGAAGAUUUAUCGACGUUAUAAAAAGCUAUAGUUACAGUAUCUGAAUGAUGGUUUUUGCCAAGAAUGUUUAACAGUCUUAAAAAUAUUUUAUAUACUGUAACUAGAGCUUUUUAUGUCACUUUAGUUUUAAUGUUUUUUGUCUUUCAUGUAAUGCAGUUUUGCAUUUUACUAUAUUUAAUCGUAAUUCCUAAAAAUCUUAAUGAACUGUAGGGAGGCUUUUUGUAUGAGAGCUUUGUAUCUUUUUCUUUUAUGAUAUAAAAUUUGUCUAUCACUUUCUUUUAGAUACCUCAUUUUGUGUGUAACUGUAUCAAAUUGAUCCCAAGGUGAAGCAUAGAAUUUGUAGAAUUUUGGGUUACUAUUGUAGGUUAUAUCUUUCCUUCGUACAUAUUAGGUAAUUCAUUGCAUUAAUUAAGAUUCUUUUCAUGAAACCAACCACAGUGAAAAUUUUUUCCACUUGUUUACUCUUCAUAAUUAAUAUUCCAUAAAAAGGAUAUUAGAAAAUUAAACAACUUAUACAUAAAUACGGGCUUCUAUAAAAUGUCAUCUUCAAGUCUAGCAUAAACCAACCCUUCAGGCAUGGUUUUUUUUUUUUUUUUUUUUUUUGUUCCUCCUCUUUGUCCUCCAAAGCAGUUGCCAAGUCUUUGCUUUUCUUAUUUCUUGGUGUCCGAGUCCUGGUUAAGUUUUAAGCCUAUUGUUUGGCUUGAAAAAUCAAUUCAUUAUUAGUCACUGGAACAAGGAUUUACCAAGUUACUUUGUCAUUGAUUUAUUACCAUAUCAAAGACUUUCUUUUAGCAUUAGUGAAACUACCAUAUUCAUAUUCAUAAGGUAAAGAUAUCCAUUUUGAAAUCCUCUCCUGUCAGAGAGUAGGAAGUAGACUACUAAAGGUCAUUUGCCCACAUCCAUGUUGGCCUUGAACUGCAUUACUUAUUUACUUCUUUUUAGGCUUGCUCAAGUUGUUAUCCUUUAAAUAAUAAAUCAUUUAGGCCAGCCCUAUUUCCCAAAAAUUUGCCUUUAAGAAUAUGUCCUACUAAUUUUCAGUUUCCCUUCCUUUUUCUAGUUUUCGUCGAGCCAGGUCUAGAUAAAGGUUGCCUGUGCCAUAACCAUCUACAUCAUCAUUCUUCGCUGUUGGGUACUUUCUGCCUGAAUAUCUAUCUGGUCUAAGUUGUCAUCUGUGCUUCUUCAUGAAUUCCUUUCUCUUUACCCAGCUACUUUUAUAAUUAUACUACUAAUCUGUAUCCAUUCCUUUUCAUCAACUGUCUAAAACACCUCAAUCUUGGAGAUCUCAGAAUUGUUUUCCAGCUGUUGGUCACCUUAUCUGAGAUUUCCUCCAUAAGAUGUUCCUGCUGCCACACAUCUUAGUUUCAGAAGUCACACCUUUUCAAAAUUCCUAAAUAUACAUCUGCAUUAUUGAAGUAAAGGCCCCGUAUGCAUCACUAAAGCUUUUUCUCUUAUUUUAUUCCAUUGAGCCAGCAUUUUUCCCUUGCAUACUUUUACAGUCUAGUGGAUUCCAAAAUUAACAUAAAUGGUCAACCCCUUCUUCCAUACACUUCAACAUUUGAAAAAAUAUUUCACUUUAGACUUGGAUUGAAAAAAUAUGUUUUUACUUUUGACUUGGAUGUGAGAUGUGCCAAUUUGAUGUCUUAGCAGCUUUAGUUCAUGUGAGGCCAGUUUCACCCUUCUAGUGAUAGAAAACAUAUUUGUUAUAAAAUUUCUAGUUAUUAAUUUAAUGAGUUGUGUUAUUAAAUUUCUAGUUAUUAAUUUAAUGAGAUGUGUUGUACUGCUAAGAAACCAAGGAAAGCUACGGACCUUAAGCACCCUGCUGUUGUGCAAAAACACCAGUAUGUUUUAUUGAUUUUGUGAUAUAUCUAAACAUCAGUUGUUUAUUGUAAAAAAUUGGUUAAUAUUUUGUUUCAAAGAAUGUGUUGUCUGUGCUGGUAUGGCUGCAUGGUAGUUAGGACUGAAGUCCAGGUAUAGGGUCACGGCCAUUCAGCACUUUUGUACGGAGUAAUAUUUUUCUCCCAGCAAUCCAGUAUGAAUUGGUACAUAUUUUAAAUACUGUUUUUAUGUUAAUUUACCUUCAUUUUGGUCAUUGCCUUUCUGGAAACUCAGGAUUUGCCAAUUACUUGGUAUAUUGUGGCAACAUGAAGAUCACUGCCUUAAAGAUUUUUUUUGUAUGGGAUACAAACCUUAGCCUUUGAUAUAAGAGUAUCUUUCAGUGUGAGCUUGGAACAGGUCAAAACUUGGUAACAAGGUAGUUAAUCAGGUGAUUAUUAGGUAGAGAUGGGGGAGUAUCCCUCACUCACAGCCCAUUGCCUUCACUCUUCUUAUGGUUGCUGUGAGAUAGGUGUGCCACUGCCUAUGCAGUACUGAUUGAAAGCUUGGUAAACGGAUGAGUAUUCCGUAUUUCUACUUGUCUAUUCCUAGUAUAUUGUAUUAUAGUCUCUUUGAUUUUUAUUCUCUGGAUAAAACCAAGAAUCAAAUUGCUGUGAGGGAUGUGGCUGUCCUUGUGGGGUCCAAGUCACCCAUAGCAAUGGACCCUCAUACUUUGUGCUUCUUGCAAAGAACAGCUUGCUCAAGGGCUUCCCCAUGCAAGGAAUGUGUAUUAUGCAACUCACUUUAGUGGUUUAGGUUUAGGAAGAGAAGGGGAACAGCCAUUCACAAGCUGCAUCAGGAUGAAGUACUCCCCUGGUGAUACCAUCUAGCUACUCCAUACCCCAUCAAACAUCCUCCUCUCUGUAAAUGUUGCUUCCUCAAGGGGGGGGGGGGGGGUAACAGUAGGCCUGAACCUAAAAUCUGAUUGUGGUUUUUCACCCAAGGACAUGGCUGCUCCUGAUGGGGUUGCUCCAUCAGCAGCCAUAUCACUUGUACAAUGAUGCUCUUCGUUCCUGGAAAAAGAUGUCGCGUCGCUGCAGUAUCUCAGGAAGUUAUGGCCUUCCCUUAAUAUUCCAGGAUAUCUGUUGUUCACUGCCGCCUUGGCCAGUCCAGAAGAAGAGGGCUCUCCAGUAUGAUCCAGUUGUCUCUGCUCAGCGAAGAGAAUCUUCUUGUAGCGGUGGUUCUUCCAGUAGUAGACCCGUCUUGUUCCUGGUAUUUUGGUGCAUAAAGCAUGUUCAGCACAGGGAAAGGGAAGAAUCACCAGUGGGUACUUUCCCUGUCAACCUCUUCUUUAUCAUUGUCUUUAGACUAGUCUUCCUCCAACCCAUCCCCAAACUUUGCAUUGCAGUUUCCAUGCUCUGUGUUGUUCAUGCUUUCCAGAGUAUACAUACACAGAGCAAUCCUUCUCCAAGGAGAGGUUCCCAGUAACUUCUUCCACCUCUUUAUAUGAAUGGGAGGGGAGGAGGAGCAGUGAGGAUUGUUGUUCUCCUUUGCUUUUUUCUUGGUUGCGACCUGGUGCUGGAGCAGAGGGGCUUCCUGAUCAUGCUGAGAACUUGUUCUGACAGCAACUUGGAAACCUUGGCUGGAUCCCUUGUCUUUCAUCAGCGAGAGGUCCAUUAAUGCCCUAGGGAGUGGAGUUUUAGCAUGUCUCUUUCUUUGAUUAAAGGAGUAUAGCAUGUCUUUUUUUUUGAUUAAAGGAGUAACUAAUGUCCAUGGGGAUCUUCUGUGUGAAUGGAUGUGUACUUCCCAAAUCCAUACAGGCCAAGUUGGAGCAUCCUUUCCAGAUUAUUUUGCCCUUUUGUGAAAGAUUAAUCUGGAAGAGGUGACCAUGGCACCAGUUGACUGUUUCGUCAAUAACCCAUGUCCACUCCUGAAGAGAAACUUGUAGGCUGGGUAUUCAUACUCAGGUUUACCGAUGAACCUAUCAGUUCAUCGAAACUUGACGUUAAAACUUACAUGUGGAUGGCUGUUUGUGGGCGGAAUCAGUCCACUCACCGGAAUUGAUGAACUGAUGGAAUUACAAAAAGUUCUUUCAACCAACUGACAGGUGAUAGCACACGUGGACAGGUAACCAACAAUUUUGACAAUUCGCUCCUGGAGUUCUCCUGGGAAGGAUCUCAGCCACUCAGACUAGAAUAUGAAUAAACUAUGUAUAGACUCAAUUAAUUUCUUUGCAAGACCCUGCUGUGAGUCCAAAUCAUAUAAAUAAAUUUAUAUCCAUGUGAUAUAAAGAAUUUGGUUUAGGCCUAGGCCAGUGUCUUACCUUUUUAUGAAAGGUAUCACAGUAGGCUUCACAGUCCAUUCCAUAAAUAAUUGAACCAACCCCCCACCUAACUUAACCUUAUUCAUUAAUAUUACAGAGGACCGCCUGUAAUUGCGUUCUCAGACUCACGUAUUUGCAGAUAUCUCAAUGGACCAUAUCUACCCAUUAUUUGUACUUUUCUACUAUAUAUAUUUUUUUUAUAUAUUUCAUAAAAUGCACUUUUUUGUGAUAAAACUAUUAAAAAACCAGGUAUAAACAAUUUUUGUGGGUCUUUCUUGAGUUUUAACUAACAAAAUAAGCAGUUUGAAGCAUUUUUAUAGGGGUUUCAACUAUUUGCAGAUCCUAGCUGUUUGCGUGGGAGGGGGAGUUAGUACGGAUUCCCCCGCUAAUAUGGGGGAACUCUGUAUGAGGAUAGAAAUCUCUCUUUAAUAGGCAAUAUUUAGACCAUGCUCUGUAUUGCUUUUUUGCUUCUUUCCUAUUUUUAUGUGAAUUGCUGCAGCAGAGUUUCGUUUCCAUUGCUGCCAUAUAGUGUUGGCACAAUGAAGGCUAGGUGAGCACUGAGGGCAACAACCUCUAGUUGACUGCCUGACUAACAGUUCUACUGUGUGUGUGGACGCUCGAUCGUUGAACGGUCAUGGGUGUACUUACAGGUAAACCUGAGCCUGAAUACCCAGCCUUAGUCUGGUUUCCCUGGUUACAGCUUGCUUGUGGUAUCUUGGAUAGUAAAUGCCCUGAUCUGGGGAUCUAGGAAUUCCUCUGCCUCCAGUAGAUUGAGCAAACUCCUUCCCCACCACAUUUAUGCCUGAGGAAGUAUUGCAUACCUGAGGAUGCUACUCUGCUGACACUUAGUGCAUUAGUCUAUGGAUAGACCAACAACCUGUCAUUGGAGCAGUUAUGUCGGAAAGAUGGUUCCUUUUCCGGUGCAGAUGACUAUGACGACUACGCUUCAGGAUGUGUUGUUUGGUUUUAUGUAAAGGGAUGAUUCUCUUUGUAGCUCGACCUAUGGCUGAACUCACUUAUUACCUACACUGCUUUAUGCAUCUCAUGUAUGGAUGAGAGAGCAGUGUAACAAGAGGUUGUUGGCGUCUGGAGGCAGAGCUCUGACAUUCCUGGGAGCACACCAGUGCCAAGCAGUGGGAUAACCUUGUUCUCCAUAGGAAGGAUAUGAUUUGCUCAGGCUCGUCUUUACCUUCCCUCAGUGUUAGUUUGAAGCAGGGAUAGAUUGGAGAAUGGCAGAUUUCCAGACACCUCUGAUUACUCAUGCUCUCUUUUAAGCCUCUUGCUUUUGAGGCAGCCUCAGCCAAAUCUGCAGACUUGGCGAAGCCUUUCAUGUCUUAGCUAGUAAUGAAAACUGUUCCUUCAAACUCGGACAAGGAACUCAGCCUUCUAAGCCCUUUCAGCCACCUUCCUCUGGCGAUGCCAAGAGAAGGCAACAGGGAUCAUGGCAUUUUCUGAGGUGAAUUUUUACUCAUCAGUUGUAAGGGGGCUGACCUCCCUCCUAAUGAAUGUCUCCUAUAUAAAAGGCAGUGGUUUGUAUUUCUGUAGAGAGCAAUAAAAAAUUUAGAAUAACCAUUUUUAUUUUAACUAUAUAUACAAACUAGAGCCUUCAAUAUUUAAUCAUACCUCAACCACCUAUAUCAGUCCCUGAACUGUAGGAAAAGUGAAGGUGAUUGUUGAUGAAUGAGGGAUACCCCUUCAUCUGUUACCCGCCUCGUUAACUGCCUUGUUACUUAGUUCUGACCAGUUACCAACUGAUACUGAAAGAUAUGGUUUGGUUUGUAUACCUAGGGAAAAUUACAGUGACAAAUUAUUUUAUUCAAAGUUUGUUAUAUUUGGAGUUUUUACGAUAUUAUUCCUGUAAAACCACAUUGAUGGAAACUUUCAUGAAACUGAAAUCACAAGUUUGUUAAAAGUUCAGGGUAGUGGUACAGUACAUAAUAGUAUUAACAUGGCAAAAUAUAUUUUGGAAUUGAUUUUAUGCUCUAUAAAAUUUAGAAAUAUCACAAGUUGUUUCAUGAUACAACUCCCAACAGGCUAUAUAGUUUGUUCAUUAAUGUUAAACAUUUCUCUGAUUUUUUUCAUGUGAAUACAAGCAUACUGAAGCUAUGUAAAAUGUGGCCCUAGCUAUGUAUAUUAUGUACAUGAUAAGUGUGUAAAUAAGGUUAAGCCUUGUACAGUAUUUUUAUACUUAUAAUAAAUAAAUGUAUUGAUGACAUACUGGUGAAAUUUAAAUUCGUCUAUAGUAUCACUUUAGUAAAAAUGAAGUUAGGUGAAUAUUUUUGUAACAGUAUUUUCUAAACAUCUCUGUUCAUAUGUAUCUAAACAUCUCUGUUCAUCUGGAUUCAUGUAGUUGAAACACUGUCUCAUCAGAACAUAUGAGGGUAACCAACAAUGAACCAGUGACGCACAUGUUCCUUUGACUACCUACCCCAAAAUAUCAGUCCUUAGAUUGCAACAGAUCUUAGCAAUAUGAAGUGAUCUUUACCCCUUUGUAACUUUAAUUCCCAUAAUGCAGAAUUCUCUGCAUUUCUCCAUAUCAUUUAACCUUUUUUUUUUUCAAUAUGUAAUAAAUGAACAAAUAAGGACAGUCCAAAGGACGGCAGACAUCUUUUCACUUCUUUACAACAAGCAUCUGAUAAGCAACAAAAGGUCACAAAAUUGUGUACGUAAUGUACAUAUUUUAAAAAAUUACUAUAUUGUAUAUUCUUGCACAAAAAAGAUACAUUAGUCAAUGAAAUUAAUAACUAUCUUUGAACACAAAAAUACAGAGUAAAAGCUUACAAUUACACUAAAAAUAAUAGUUGCAACAAUAGAAUUGUUUUACACUUAACAUUCAGAAAUUGAAUCUGAUUAACUGAAAACUACAACAUAGUUCCUAAAGGAAUAGACAUGGUAAAGUAUAUACAACUUCAACCUAAUUUUAAAAUGUAGAAUGUACCACCCAAUCACAACAACCUCUCUAGCUUCAAGUAGCUUAAGGCCAGUUUUCUUGAAGCCCUUAUAAAAUACAAAAAACUGAUCAUCUAAGUUUUUUUUAUAAAAUGGUUUGUUAUUUGUUCAAAAAGCAUGACGUUCACCAAAUACCAAGGUGUACACCAUGAAUAAGUCAAGGAAUCAUAUACGUAACUACAUUAUAUCGAGUAAUUCCUAGAAAACAAGGGAUAGAGCAAGUAAUAAGCACGGACAACAAUGGAACUUGAAUGGUUAUUAUAUAAACUUAAAAUCUGGCUAACUGUUUAAUACAGUACAGUAUAGAUUCUGUUGGUAACAUUUCGGUUUAAAAUUAAAAGCUUCUUAAACAUUUACCACACAACACCUCUAAUUGCUGCGUUGCAGUGCAUUAUAUCUUUGAUUGUCUGUAAAUCUUGAGAAUUUACUUACUAGCAAGAGACUAUACAGUUUAUAAACAUGUUUUAAUUAUAAAUGCCUGAAAUUUUACAAAAUUCUCAUUGCAAUCCUUAAUUAUAUAUAUUCCAGAAAUACCAAUAUACAAUUACACAACUGCAUUAGGUUAUGGCAGACUUCUGAAGGACUGAAACAAACUUCAGCCAAAGUGAAGAUUUGUGACAACAUCAGACAUAAAAACUUCAGUUUCUAAAAGUGAUGAUAAUAUCCAUGAAUAUAAAAAGAAUUUUGGGAAUGGAAACUAAACAAUAAUACUACAGGAAAAACUUCAGUUUCUACUAGUGAUGGAUGAUAUUGUCUGGGAAUAAGGUAUGGUCACAAGUAAUGAGAUUUCAUUAUGUUUGGACAACUUAUGGGUUGACAAUUACUUUAAUUCCUUAAAGGUAAGUUAACAAACAUACUAAUGAAACUUUCAGAUUUGGCUCCCUGACAGCUGUUUUUGAUAAUCUUAGCUUAUUUAACUCUGAGAAUUUGACAGGUCAUAAUCUGUUUGAACACACCCUUCAAUGGCUGAGGGAAAAGUGCUUAACAAUAAUUUUCUUUGAUUGUGUAACUACUUUAUGUUACAUUAAUGAGUUUGGAGUUGGAGUCAUUUUUAAAGCUAUAGAGUUGAACGUUAACAUGAUAUGUUUAAAAAUGCUACAGCAUAGAAAAAUCAUCAAUAUCACAAGUAAAAGUUAGCUUUAUGAUAAAAUUUUUUAUUACUUUUUUUUUUAAAUUCACAAAUCAAAGACAGAAAUCCAAUUUUUAUUUAUAUUAAUUUGAUAAAAUGCCUUUCCAAUUAUAUAACAAAUUCAUUACUAUUUGAGGCAUAUUAAAAAAUGUAGCAUGUACUUGAAGGGCAUACUUCAAGCUGAAUAACAUUAGUAUUAUGAUUUUUUAUGAUUUAUGGAGAAUUUAUUUAAAAAUAUAGUUUCAUGAUUACGUAUACUCAUCAUCAGAAUAUCAAGAGGUUGAAAAAUGGAUGAUGACUAUAACUCGCCUGCAUCUCAAAGGGUUAAGUAUUAAGUAUUAGUUUCACUGGAUAUCUUAUCCACUUCACUUUCAUAAAUGAAAGCAAGAAUCCAUUUGUCACUCCUUGUUAAAAUGUGUAAAACAUAACUAUACUUGUUUAAAUAUUAAAACAAAUAUAUACCAAUAAAUAAAAGCUCUUUAACAAAAGGAAGAUACAGUACCUUGAGUAGGUCAUCUUCAAUGAAAUCUCAAAUUAGUGGAUCCUAAAUUACCUGAUUUGUAUAACUUACAGACCUUGUGUGCAGUGUAUGGUAAGAUUUUUUUAUUGCUACAAUGAUUUUCUAUUAAGUACAUAUGUUAUGCAUCCACCACUUAUGUAAUAUGAUUACUAACUGCAUAACCUGAAUAUCUAUAUUAUUCCUAUACAGUAUACUGUCCGUAAUGGCCUCUCCCAUCCAUUAGCAUCCCAUUUAAUGUGAUCUAAUACUUUGUGCAUUCAUAGUAAUUUUUUAAUAAACAUUAAGUUUC